GUGGUCCCAAACACUGCACGCGACACGUCACGGCUACAAGUUCCUAGUUACCUGACGUCACAACUGAAGCGACAUGGCGGACACUCUAACCGCACUAAACCUGGUCGCAGCACAUUUGUGCGGUAACGCUUGUGAUCAGUCUUAAACUCUCUGAUGUCAAGACGUCUGCUGCAUCGACUUCAGUAUCGAACAUUUCAGAUAUGCAGCACAUCCAGAUUUAGACCUGUCAAAGGACAUUCACAAAAUUAUGAAUGACAAUGUUCUUAGUCAACGCAGCAGCAUCAAAAAUAGUGGCUUGGCAUCCAUGAUGUCUAUCCCCUCACCUUUGUCAUCUGAGGCAUAUGCAGCCAAGAAGAAUGACAGGCUGAAAGACUCACAUAUUUUAUAUGCCCUAAGCAAAGAUAUCACAAAAACAAGGUCUUGGAGUGGUCCUAAGCUCAGAAGCUUCAAUGCUCAUCAAACGCAUCGUGCCAGCUGGUACAACAAUUCCACACCUCACCAUAGCCCUUUCUUAACGACACCAAUUCAAAGAAUGAAGAGCUCUGCAGGAGGGGAUAUAGCAGCAAAUAGACACUCAGAGAGAUAUAAAAGUGGGCUGAGCAGAAAUCGGCAAGAACAGCGACUACGUGAGGAAUUGUCAGUUAUUUACCAGUCCCACAGAAUGAACCAAGCAUUAGAGAUGGGUCCACACAGGCAAGAUGUUAGCUAUUAUAUCUGUGGGUCCCGGAUGCCACUGCUAAACCGUUACAUUGUGAGCGAAUCUGAACUUCAGCGACAGCAUGCUAUGAAAGAGGCCAGCAACGAGCUAAAGCUUGACCUCACCAGAAAAUAUCCAUACUUUUCAAGAAUCCCGAAGCCUAACAAGAACAAGUCCAGAGAAAAAACAGACGAUAAAAUUUCCCAUAAAAAUGGUGAUACUGUUGAUGAGGCUGCUGCCCUGAAAACUUCUAUACCUGAUGAGACAGAACCAGUCGCUUUAAAACCUAAAUCACAGCAGAUUGGAGAAAGAAUACCACCUAUCAAUGCUACUUCUGCAGAAGCAUCAAGAAAUGAUGAUUAUUUACUAUCACAUUACUCUGAAAUAUCUAGUUCUCCUCAGUCUCUGCAGAGCAGAGGUGUCUCAGAUGAUAAGAUUAUCAAGGAAAACACUUGAAAUUCAUUAGGCUUUUUUGUAUUCUGCUGUAAUAUCAUCUAAUAAAACAAGAGACAUGGGUUCAUUAAACAAAAAUUUUCCAACUCUGUGCAACUUAAACAAUGGCUGGAAAAUUUUGCUGCUCCUAGUACGUGGAAAGUGUGGGGGAUGUUUAUAAUAAUAAAGUACUAAAAUGGCACAUUUCGCAGCACAAGAAAAACAAGCAAAAUAGCACAGUUGUAAACGUCAAAAAAAAAAAAAAAAAAAAAAAAGAAGGGGGGGGGGGGGUGAGAGUGCUGGGUGGGUAAGGCUAACUUUGAAAAUUUUCAAUGACGCUGGGUCCUGAAAAAAAAGAAGCAGCGCCCAAAUUUGUCUUGACGGUUCCGUGCGAGAGAGCGCAUGCGUGACGAGUAGAUAUGCUAGAUGUUUAUAGAUGCCUUUGUACAUUGUAUAUGUAAGCUUCAAGAGCGAGUGCCAGAGGAGUCAGAGCGAAAGUAAGAGAGAGAGACAGUUACAGAAGCUAUUGCGGUCGAGUCGCCGCUGAGGUAGUUUCAGCGGGAGUUGCUGUUGUAUUACGGCAUGUGUCGCCGAUUUUCCAGUGAACGUCUACAAGUGAAGAUUGUUGUACAUACUGUAAAUAAAGUGUUAGAAACUUUUCUUCGACUCGAUUUUCUUGUAGACGUUAGCACCGUAGAUUGAAGACCCAUGAACGAGCCAUUGACGCACUUACUAGCUGUCAUGUUGACAACUUUCGACUGUUAAAGAGCAUGUGUAACCCUUUAUCUUCUAGGGUCACCUGGUACAAUAAAAGAAAGGUUGAAUGUGGCGAUGCGUUUGAAACUAGAGGAAGAGGGAUUUAUAAUUUGAAUUGAUGUGAUGCUUUCAGAGAGAAGCUAACACAAUAAUGGGAAGAGAGUUGGAGUGAGAGAUUUACUUGUAGAGCAAGAUAAAUUCAUCAAAGGGCAGAUUAAGGACUUUUUGGCCUCAUUCAUGUACAAAGAUGUUCCCCAACUAUGGAUAGAAAUAGAAAAAAAGUCCCCCAAACAAGCAAAGUCAGCAAUUUUUCCAUAGAUAAGUACCACAAUAAUAAUAAUAAACGCAAAAUUUGUAUAGCGCACACUUGCACUAGCAUUAUGGGAACUGGUGUUAGGGGUAAUGUUCAAGGAAGAAGUGCACAUUUAAAGGAUUCAAUAGUGGGUAGGUGGCGGAUAUGGAGAGAGUUCUAUUGUUUCGUAGCACAGUAAAAAUCAUGUGGUCAUAAUUAUGUUGUUCUUGUGACAGGAAUAGUUAGGAGACGGUCGUCUAUGUACGGUAUGCCUUGGUACACACAUUAUUUUCCUGUAUAUAUUAGAUAUUUUAUUUUGUGAAAACUACAAAAAACAAAAGAAAAAAAAAA